UGAUGCCUAAUGCUGCCGUGAACGCAAUGGCUGUGACUCUAUUGUUCUAAGCUCGAAACAACGUCGAUAGUCCUUGAAUUGGGGGAGCUGACAUUGAUGGCGAGGAUACCGAAGGACGGCGAACUGCUUGAACAACAGAAUUCAAUUGGUCGAGGUCUAGGGUUGCAAUCUACGCAGCCAUUAGACCUCGUGGGCGUCACCUCGGGCAGGUUUCAAAUAUAGCCUGCGACGCCGGUGCUUGAGCUUUUCCCUGGAUAUACGUGUGCUACUAUGUCUGUGUCCUCUACAAAAGACCCCCUCGAUGGCAUCACGGGAGAACUGGCAAGCAACGGCGAUGCAUUCAAGUUGGUUUUAUUGUUCUUCAUGGCUAUUUCAUGCUACAAUGUUGCUGAGCUAGUCGUUCUCGUCUUGUCAACUUUUCGACGUUGGAAGGGGUUGUACUUUUGGAGUCUGCUUUUAUCGGGCUGCGCAGGCGUGGUUCCAUACACCUUGGGUUUUAUUCUGAAAUUCUUCACGAAGGCCGACUCGACACUAUCUGUGACCAUCCUCACCAUUGGCUGGUGGAUCAUGGUCACCGGCCAAGCGAUCGUCCUAUAUUCACGACUGCACCUAGUGAUUUGCGAUGAGCGCAUCCUCCGGAGAGUGCUCUACAUGAUCAUCGCGAAUGUUUUCCUUCUGCAUGUCCCAACGACCGUCCUCACGUAUGGGUCUAAUGUCGUUCACAGAAAGGCAGCCUAUGUGAUUGGAUACAACAUCAUGGAGAAACUUCAGAUGACGGGUUUCACUAUCCAGGAGAUUGUGCUGUCCGGGCUAUACGUGUGGGAAACGGUGAAGCUGCUCCAGCUGUGCUUUGUCCAAGAGAAUCAGAGGAUUAUGCGUCAGUUGGUUUGGAUCAACCUCGUCAUGCUUGUUAUGGAUCUGCUAUUGCUGGGCCUCGAGUAUGCCAGCUACUAUGCGGUGCAGAUUACGCUCAAGGGAGCGAUAUACAGCAUCAAGUUGAAGCUGGAGUUUGCGGUGCUGGGCCGACUCGUCGCCGUGGUUCAGAAUCGAAGACCAAUUUGGAUUGAUGGAGACAUUGCUCUCGGUUCUUUUGACCUUGAAGCUACUAGUGGACCUGAUCGAAGUAUAGGUUCAGCCGGUGGGAGUGUGUCUAGUCGAACACCAUGUUGCAUUUCAGCCGCUGGAUUUGCAACCCAGACGCGUCGGGAUAUCAACGUUGGAAAUGAUAAGAUUGUGACAAUGACAGAGCUAUCAGCAUGGGUUGAGCGGCCAAACGAUGACCGCUGCUGACCUCGAAGGAUCUGGAAUUCUGGUGUCAAUCAUUAUUCGUCAAGCAAUCUUUAGCGAUGGCGUUAUGUGGCAACAACAGUGGGAAUUAGAG